AUGUCGCCGAACUUCUUCAGCGGAACCAGCUUGAGACUUAAGGACGGAACAGUCGUCGAUGCUGGAAAUCAUUUGAAAGGAAAAGUGAGUGAAUACCAUUUAGGAAAGAAAAUCCUUUUCGGUCGAUUUCUUUUGAUUCUCGGUGUUACUGGGCACUCUUUGAUAUCCAGGCCUUUCACUACAAUCCAGUCUCCAUUUUAAGAUUGUCGUCCUCUAUUUCUCCGCCAGUUGGUGCGGUCCAUGCCGUCAAUUCACUCCUAUCAUGAAGGUAAUAUCUCUUUCUUUUCGCCAUCGUCUGACCACUUCCCUUAUCAAUUAACAUGUCUGCCAACUGUCCGAAACGCCGAGUUGCAAACGGAACACAGAUAACGUUAUCAUUUCCGAGUGGCAAGCUGACUUUGCAGGAGCUCUACCAGCAGAUCGCCGCCACAAACCAGCCGAUCGAGGUUAUUCUGCUCUCGCGAGAUUACAUGCGCUUCCAGUUGGACGAGUACUACGAACAGCACGGAUGCUCGUGGGGAGUCGUCCCUCUCCGGGAUCCGAUCGUCGAGAAGUGCAUUGAGAAGUACAACGUGACUGCUCUUCCGUCCUGCCGCGUCGUCGACGAAUUCGGCAACUGUAUUGACGAGGAUGCCCGCCAUCACGUGGAGACCUGCAACCGAGAGAAGCGCCAGAUGACCGAGCUCUUCGAUAAAUGGCGUCGUCAACUGCAGCCACUCCGUGCGUGA